AUGCGAUACAGUUCAUAUACCCCCCUUAAUACACCAAGGGCGGCAAUCUAUGCGGUAAAUCAGAAUAGGGAAGGGUGGAUGAGGCCGAUCCCAAUGAAGGCUAAACCCAGAGAUGCCAAAAAAUAUUGCAUGUUUCAUAGAGAUGUGGGUCACUAUACAGAGGAAUGUACGCAGCUGAAGGAUAACAUAGAAGAGUUGAUAAGAAAGGGUCAUUUAUCUCAGUACCGGCUAAAUGCGAGUGGAAGCCAGCCGCCACCCCGGCAACUUGAAAGGCAGCAACUUGAGGCAAGGCCAGAAACGCCGCAAGGUAAUGUGAUCCGACAGGGAGGUGGAGGAAUGUCGCCGUUAUCAACGGGAAGAGGAGUUGAUGUGAUAAUCGGAGGGCCAGUGCAUGGAGGGACGAUUAGUGGAGCAAAGAAGCACUUAUCAGAACAUCGCCAUAUAAUCAAUGCCCUGGAUACCGAUAGCCGCCCCAGGCCAACUUCGAUCCCAGAUGUUGUGUUCACUAAAGAGGAUACCAGGGGAAUAGUCUUUCCGCAUGAUGACUCGCUGGUACUGAUUACAAAGAUUAAUGGAGCUGACAUAAAAAGAGUUCUGGUAGAUGGAGGAAGUUCAGCCAAUGUCCUUUUUAUGAAGGCCUUUAAUGAGAUGAUGAUAGGGAGGCAAUACCUGACGCCGGUAUCUUACCCAGUUAUUGGAUUUAAUGGAUCUUCAAUACGACCAGAGGGGAGCAUAGUCCUGCCGAUACGACUGGGUGAUGGGCCUACAACGAGAGAUGUGAUGGCAGAGUUUUUGGUAGUCAAUGUUCCAUCGGCUUAUAAUGCGAUCAUUGGAAGGCCGAUAAUUCACGAUAUCUAA